UGGCAUCUAGAUGUUUUAACAUUUGUCGAUCGAAUUUUGUGUUUUUUUAUCGUUUUUCUUGACCAUGAAAAUCCCCCAAAAGCCCAUCGAUCUUCCCCUUGGUUGGAAAAAGAUCGUUAUCGAAAGAAAAAGUGGAAAGACGAAAGGUCUCAAAGAUGUGUAUGUCGUUGACCCGAAUGGACGAAGAUUUCGCUCCCAGAAAGAGCUCAGACGACACUUGGAAAAUGCGGGUACGUCUCUUAAAAUAGAGGACUUUGAUUUUAGUAAAACUUCACAGGUGAUUAAUGAAGAUAGCGAGGAUACUAAAUCUAAGAAGAAAAAGAAAUCAGUAAACGAACCAGUUGAAGAUUCUGCAGCUGGUUCAGAAAAGAUAAACAAGCUCUCUACUCGUGGACAAACACUAACGACAGAAACGCCUACUCUAAACAAUGGUAGCGUUAACGGUACAAAUAACAUUCGUAAGUCUGGUCGAAAGACUCGUGCAUCCAGUAGACUUGACACAGGUCUCUUUUAUUCCAAGAACAGCAAAGUUUCCUGUAAGUUUGUUGUCAAAAGAGAUUGGCAAAAAGAGAUUGAUGGGGUGACACGUGUAGUUGCUAAGACGGGGACGCCGCCCGGAUGGAACAAAGUCUUACGCAAGAGAAUGCAUGGAGUAUACAAAGGCAGAUUUGAUGUUUACAUAAUUAGUCCUCAAGGAUUCCAAUUUCGUUCACGUCCUGAGCUUAGAGCUUUUCUUGAAGAGAAUAAUUUCAGUCUGUCAAUCAACGAUUUUGACAUGACAUCUCCUCUGCCGGUUGGUUCGAGAAAGAGAUUGGCUAGUCAGGCACUGGCUGGACCAAAUAAGAAAGUUUUAACCUUGAUAAAGAGUUGUGAAUCAAAAACACUUGCAAAACCCUCGGUGGAAGUUGACAGCAAAAAGAAAAAAGAAAAGAAAAAUGUGCCAACUUCUAAUAAGGGAAAACUGGAAGAGAGGAAAAAGAUCAAGAAUGAAAAAAAAGUUGUUAAGGUCGUUAAUGGAGAAACUGCCAAAACCAAAGUAAAAAGUACAGCCAAAAGAAUUUCCAAGAGAAUGAAAAAGGCAACGAAGAAAGAAUUGCCAGAGUUUAAGCCAGUCAUCAGAAAAAACUGGCAAAAAAAGAUAGAUGGAGUAACUCUUUGCAUUGACGAAACAAGCAAUGUUCCAGAAGGUUGGACUAAAGUACUGCGCAAAAGAAAGAAUGGAAAAUUCAAAGGCAGAUGUGAUGUGUAUAUUUUUAGUCCUGAAGGAGCCAUGCUUAGAUCACGUCCAGAGCUCAAGGUAUUUCUUGCAAAAAGUAAAUCAAAUCUAACUGUUAAUGACUUUGAUAUGAAAUCACCUUAUUCUCAUAAGUUGACAAAAAUGUUGGACAACCAAUCACAUGAUAGAUCACCAACUAAAACGUCACUGCAGGAUGCUGGAGAGCAUAAAGGGAAGAAGCAUUUCUUACCAGGAAAAACGAGGAAUGCGACAAAGAUUCGAAACAAAGGGAAGAAGUUUUUGGAGAGGGAGAAGAAACAAGAAAAGCGAAAGCGAAAACGAAAACAUUACUCUACAUCUCAUGAAACAGAAGAGGUUGGGCAGUUAACAAAAAAAAAGCGAUCUUCGGAAGGCAGAGAUAUAGAACAACAGGAUUGCACAGAGAAUUACACAUCAGUAAUAGUUGAUUCAGCUCACAACAACAAUGAUGAUGAAAAGGCUUUAGAAGAACACACGUGUGACCAAGAAAGUGAAAGCCUAAACAUGGAUGAACACAUUGAGCAGAGACGAGCUACAACACAAGCUGGAAAAUUCAACAAAAAUACCCUAAAUCAAGCUCAAAAUAAAAACCAACCUCAGAUCAGCCCAUAUUUUUCAGACUCUGAGUCAACACCACCACCACCAAUCAUUGGUGAUAAAAAUAGCACAAAAAAACGUGACAAAUGGACACCUCCAAAAUCACCCUUCAAACUGAUUCAAGAAACAUUGUUCCAUGAUCCUUGGAAGCUCUUGAUUUCCUCUAUAUUUCUGAACAGGACAGCUGGUGAAAAAGCAAUUCCUAUAAUGUGGGAGUUUUUCAGGCGAUAUCCAACUGCCGAAACAACAAGAAAUACAGAUCCUAAACCAAUAGCAGAGCUGUUGAAACCACUUGGACUUAACGAAAAAAGAGCCAAGACAAUGAUUCGUUUUUCUGAUGAAUUCCUGGCCAGGGACUGGAGAUAUGCAGACACCCUGUAUGGUAUAGGAAAGUAUGGCAGUGACUCAUAUCGGAUCUUCUGCCUUGGAGAGUGGAAAGAUGUACAGCCAAAAGACCACAAGUUAAAUCUCUAUCAUGACUGGCUGUGGCAACAAGAGAAGGCUGGUUUGUUGAAUUAGUUGUAGUCCUGAUUAAUAUUAGUUUGAUUAUAUAGUAAUGCUAGUGUAUAUACGUAUUAUACUGUAUAUUGUAUUGAUAUUGUGGACAAUGACCAUGGAUGAUAGAGGAGGUAGUAGUGGUAGCAGUUACCUUAUGCAUGUAACAACAUGACCAUGCCUAAUCCACCCCCCUCAACACCAACACCAACCUAACACCUCACCCCCAAUCAAAAAUCUGUUCCAUGGAACUGUAGAAGGGAGAACUUAGGUUCCAAGUACAAGGAACUAGUCCCCGUCACAGUUCCUUGUGCCUUCUUGAAGGGUAAUAAUGCUGUUCAUUCAAGCAAAGACAGCAGUGAUGUUGCAAUGAUAAAGAGAUGUAAAUAAUUGUACAAGGUGUGAAAAUAAAGACAAGACAAGACAAGAGAAGUAUUAGGAAAUGCACGACGUGUAGUUGAGUGCUUCUCAACACUUCUCAAGUGUUCUGCCAAUCCCCAAGUGCUUUAUAACUCCAUACAGCACAGCACAGCAAGCAAGUUUUAUAUUUCUUUUAUAACGCAACUGAAAGUGCGCCUGCGUGCUGUGUGCUAAUUUGCUCCAAACCAAUCAGAACACACGAUUUAUAAGUUGUUUUAUCAAUUAUUCUCUAUCCUUGCAAGGUCACUGGCACUCUCAUUUCGAUGCACAGGCACAGUUACCUUUCAAGAUGGUGCAGGGAACUGAAGACUAUUGGCAUAACAGUUCCCACCCCUUCCCCUCAAUGGUCUGUGGUCUCUGAUUGCAUUUGUCAUGACCAGAAACUGUAUUAGAAGUGGGCUGAAGAAAUAUUGUUGUCCUUUGAUCACAUCAUUCUCACAUGUGGGACAUGUGUUUGAUUAGGACACAGAAUUAUAUUGGGUGUUCGCGGUUUUCCUUAGUUUGACUGUAAUUUUCCAUCCUUCUGUUUCUACAAUUUCCAAAAAAAAAAAAAAAAAAUUCCCAAUCAAAAGUCAAAACUCAGAAUUGUGUUUAUUUUAAUGUCAACGAUUUUUUUAAAUCUUACAAUGCUGCCUAAUACAGACAUUUGGUACACAGCUAUUUGAAAGUAGGUUGGCAAARAUUUUGUUGCAUGUUACAUUUUGCAUACAAGCCGGAAAUGCAGUAUGGGCAAUUUCUUAAAAUACCUGUAUGGUGGUUCUGGCUGUAUGAAUGUUCAGCUUAGUGACUUUGGAUAAUGUUUAGUUCAAUAUCGUAAAAGAUUUAAUCGAGAUAUUUUUACUUUAAGAUUAAGGUAAAUGUAUAGCUGAAGUAGUUAUAGUACAUAGUUAUGAAUUUUUAUUUGAUUUACCACUACAAUAACUAUCGAGAUGAGUGAUUGAUCGUGAUAUUUUUAUGGAAGUUUUAUGUUUUUAACAUCAGUUUUUCAUUUUAAUUGUAAUUUAUUACACAUAUACCACCACCGAUAUGUGACCAAACUCUCAACAAUAAAAAAAACUCUUGCAUUUUGUUUUGGAGAGGGGGUUCACAUUAUUUUAAUGUUAUUACUUUAGGGGAUAUAGUAAGGAACUGAAUUCUGAUGAACCAAUCAGAAUCAGGCAAAUGUACAUCAGCCAACCACAGUCCUUAAUAAAGCAAUUUAAAUGACAUGUUUAAACAUGAUGAACCAAUCGAUAACAGGCAAAUGUACAUCAGCCAAUCACAUUCCUUAAAAAAGAAGCCAUUUGAAAGAAAACACUUUCUAGUGUUUCCAAGGGCGGAUCCAGGGGGAACAAAGGGGGCUGAAGCCUCCCCCCCUUCAGCAGAAAAAAACGAUGCUUUUUUAUAUUGUUUUGGGAAGAAAAUCAAUUAGCCCCCCCUCUAAACUCAAUUAGCUCCCCCCUAAAAUUUUGGCUGGAUCCGCCCUUGGUUUCCUCUUAUUAUGGACAACUUAAGAUCUAACUAUUAAUCGUUUACAUUAUAAUUACUUGGCAUAGAUUUAAAUAAAAGUGGAAAUCGUAUCCAA